GAUUGGUCUGUCACCGUCUGUCACUUCGGUUGCUAGAGAACAUUGACCGAGAUAAAGGCCGGUUCGUUGAUUUAAUGUAUUGCUACGUAUAUUAUUGUGCACAAACUUCACAAGUGUAUUGCCAGAGUGUGUGAAAAGGAUAUUCUUCAUUCCGCGGGACAAAAAAAACGAAUACUUGACAAAGUUGAACGUGAAGUUGGUUAGCUAGACAAUCGCCGCAUUUUUUAUGAUGAUACGAUUGGCUCUUGUGUUUUUUAUUAUCCUUACCGUUGCCCUGUUACAUGUUUCUACGAGCGAAGAUUGUAAAGGAUGUGUGCCUUUGGAUUCCUACUCAUUUGAUAAGGUUAUCCUCAAGUUCAAAGCGGUGCUUGUUAAAUUCGAUGUCGCAUUUCCGUACGGCGGCAAACAUGAACAAUAUGCAACCGUAGCGACUGACACCAGGGAUGCGCAGGAUCUCCUAAUAGCCACAGUGGGUGUUAAGGACUUUGGCAAUAAAGACAACUCCGACUUGGCACAACGCUAUAACAUCAAGAAGGAAGAUUUUCCAGUAGUUUUGCUAUUUAUACAAGGCAAAUCAGAGCCGAUCAAAUUCACUCCUGAGAAGGAUUCCGAUUUCACUGGUGAACACCUGAAGCGGUUUGUCAGAUUUAAAUCAAGAGUGUAUUUAGGUUUGCCAGGAUGCUUGAAACAGCUGGAUAAAUUAGCGGAAGAAUUCAAAGCCGCGGGAGAACAAGAGAGACAGGAAAUAUUAAAGAAAGCAAGGAUUUUCGAGAAGACUUUGCCGGAGAAGCAACGAGAUGCCGCAAAAAUUUAUGUAAAGACCAUGGAAAAGAUAUUGGAGCGGGGAGACGUGUUCAUACAAACAGAAGAAACUCGAGUACAAGGACUUCUUUAUAAGGGAAAACUGUCUGAUCAAAAGAAGCGUACCAUGGAGGAAAGACGAAACAUCUUACAGUCUUUUUCAGCAAGAGACGAACUUUAAACUAUUGAUGGCCGACCAUUAACCUAUUCAGGACGGGUGACAUGUACGGCAAGCUGACUGCGAGCCGUCCUGAAUGGGUUAAUCUAAUAAUUAAGAUUUAGUCUAAAUAUCAACUGUUUGUUAUAAUUAUUAUUUUAUACACUCAUUAUUUUA